GAAGUUUGUAUCUCGAGUUAUCAGCACCGGCUUGUUUAUCGGAGCUUAAAAGAGGCAAUCGAUGUGCGCAAACGCAUCAGUGUGAUCACCUGCGGCAGAGCGCCCGCACCGUCAGUAGCCAUGGGGUCCUUGACGAAGACAGUCGUGUUCCUGUGCGUCGCAUCCUCCGUGUUAUGUACUCCGUUCAUCAAUCAACUACAGCCAGGACAAGAAUGGCCCACAAGGAGCUCUGUCAAACAACCCUAUAAUCAGGCUGAACCCGAGCCUACCGUAGGCGGAGUCACUAAAAAUGAAGAAGUAGUUGUUCCCGCAGUUAUUGACGAGGAAAAGGCUACUGAUGACGAUAAGCCUGUAGAGACAUUAGACGAUGUAGUCGAAAGAAUCGAUUACACGGGCGCCCAAGUAUGGAAAGUCUCAACUAUGAAAAAUAACGCUCAACGACUUAUUAACCAACUGGCUUCUGAAAAACUAAUAGCUUCAUGGGGUGGAAAUCACACAUCAAUCGAUAUCCUUGUAAAACCAAAAGCUCUGGAAAACGUGACAGCGGCUUUAAAAACAAAAGACAUUUCAUACUAUGUCAUGAUUGAAGAUUUACAACAAAGAAUUAAUGAAGAAAACCCACCUUUGGAUGAGAAUGAAUUAGAGCUUCAAGACAGAAGAGGUCACCGUAUGACGUGGAAGCAGUACCAUAGACUGGAAGAUAUUCAUGGAUUUAUGGACUAUUUGGCAAAAACCUACCCUUCUAUCGUCAGUGUGAAGACUAUUGGAAAAUCUCAUGAAGGACGCGACCUUAAGAUGUUACGAAUCUCAGACGGAAAACCAAACAACAAAGCUGUAUUUAUUGACGGAGGUAUUCAUGCGCGCGAGUGGAUCAGUCCGGCAGUCGUCACUUACUUCAUCAAUCAAUUCGCAGAAAACUUCGACGUCGAAUCCGAUGACAUCAAGAACAUUGACUGGUAUUUCUUGCCCGUUGUAAAUCCUGAUGGAUAUGAGUACACGCAUAAGACUGAUCGUCUAUGGCGUAAGAAUAGAAAAUUCGGAUAUGGCCCCAGCUCUUGUACGGGCACAGAUCUCAACAGAAACUUUGGAUACCGCUGGGGAGGAAAAGGUGCUUCCAGUUACCCGUGCAGCGACAUUUACCGUGGCAGUGGACCGUUCUCUGAGCCAGAAUCUAAAGCAAUUAACGAUUUCUUCAAGAGCAGUGCAGUCAAAUUCUCAGCCUAUUUGACAUACCAUAGCUAUGGACAGUACUUGCUGUACCCGUGGGGUUAUGACAAUGCAUUGCCACCAGACCACAAGGACCUUGAAAGCAUGGGCAAGCUCAUAGCUCAGGCUAUCAGAAAUACUGGAGGGUCAAACUACCAAGUUGGGUCAUCUAGUGGACUACUCUACCCAGCUUCGGGAGGCUCAGAUGAUUGGGCCAAGUCUCUGAAUAUCAAGUAUACCUACACAAUAGAACUGAGUGACACUGGCCGCUAUGGCUUUGUGUUGCCAGCAAGUUAUAUUGAACCGGUAGCUAGAGAAAACAUAGCUGGUGUCAGAGUUUUAGCCAGGCAACUGAGCAAAAUAUAAAAUGUAACAUUGUGUAUUGCAUACUGAGUAUGCAUAAAUUAUUUAUUUAAAACUUAAAACAUUCCUAAUCAUGAAUGUACAAACAAUGAGCACUUAGGAUAAUAGUUUCAUAAUUUAAAUAAGACUAAAAAAAAGAAGG